UAAGGAUUGAACUUUAGGAUGGUCAUGGCGGGAAGAUCGAGGGACAGCAAAUCCAGAUUGCCAAUGAUCCAUUACGAUCGCCGUUGAAGACAAAAGAACAGAGCUCAAAAUAAAGAAAAUGGCGGCACAAACAUUCAAAAUGAUCAAGAAUACAUAUACACAAACAUUUCAAAUUUCAAUCCCACUCGUUCUACUCCGGCGGAGCUCACUAGUCCGAGAGUCGACACCAAGCGAAUUCAAAGUUCGAGAGGAAGAAUCACAAUCAUUUGGCUGAAAUCCGAAGCAAACGAGCAUUGUGAAUUCAAUUCAAUUAUUACAGAUGCAGGAGAUAAAUUGUAUUUUCGGUGGAAUGAGCCAGCAUGAGAGCAAAGGCCUGGAUGAAUGAGCAAAUUUUACGCCUCAAGAAUAAAUUUAGCAAGAUGAUAAACUGUAUUCGUUCAGGGGAUCAAUUAAAAGUGGAUGAAAUGAUGCAUUCAUCAGAUUCUCUGGCAACUCGAGACUAUUCAGCCAGUGGUUUUUCAUCACGUACUGGGGAGGUGGAACCGAAGGUGGAUAAUGCCAACAUUGAAGAAGCUGAAUCAUCUCUUCGUGAGAGUGGUUAUCUGAAUUAUGAGGAAGCACGUGCUUUACUUGGAAGGCUCGAGUACCAAAAGGGUAACAUAGAAGCUGCUCUUCAUGUUUUUGAAGGAAUAGACAUUGUUGCUGUAAUUUCCAGGAUAAAAGCUUCCAUUUCAACGAGAUAUGAACAAAAUAGACGGCAAUCACAAAGUGAUGUUGUGCCUACUAUGUCUAUGCAUGCCAUUAGUUUACUUCUUGAAGCUAUUUUUCUGAAAGCAAAAUCAUUACAGGGUUUAGGAAGGUUUGUAGAGGCAGCAAAAUCUUGCAAACUACUUUUAGACACUGUUGAAUCUGCAUUACCCGAAGGCUUACCUGAAAAUUUCGCCAAUGAUUGUAAAUUGCAAGGGACACUAACAAAGGCUGUUGAAUUGCUUCCAGAAUUGUGGAAAUCUGCCGGGUCUCCUGAAGAAUCUAUCUUGUCAUACAGGCGUGCCCUUAUUUACCAAUGGAAUCUAGAAAUGGAAACUAGAGCAAAAAUAGAAAAAGAGUUUGCAAUUUUCCUUCUCUAUAGUGGUUGUGAUGCAAGUCCUCCCAAUCUCCGUUUGCAGAUGGAAAGCUCAUUUGUGCCAAGAAAUAAUAUGGAAGAAGCCAUUCUUUUGUUAAUGGAUCUGUUGGGAAAAUAUAUACAUGGAUUGGUUGUUUGGGACCCAUCAAUAACAGAGCAUCUCUCGUUUGCACUGUCUAUUGUUGGGGAAUUUGGAGCUCUAGCUAAUGAGGUUGAACAAUUGCCUCCAGGAACUAUAGGAAGGAAAGAGAAGUACUGGACACUAGCUCUUUGUUACUACGGGGAAGGUAAAAGCUUAGUUGCGUUGAACCUUUUGAAGAACUUCUUGAAUAACAAAGAUAAUGUAGGCUGCUUACUGGAAUUGUUGUUAGCUUCAAAGCUCUGUGGAGAGAAUUUGGUUUGUCUCGAUGAGGGGGUGACUUACAUAUUGAGAGUGCUUUCGGAACUGGAUGGUAGAUGCAUCCAGAUGGUUUCCAUUGCUAAUUGCUUACAUGGUGUAUUACUGUCAGCCAUAUCCAAAUCAAUUGCUUCUGAUUCUCAGAAAUCUUUGAAGCAAUCUGAGGCACUCAAGGCACUACAAACCGCUGAGCAACUGAUGAAACAAAGGGAUCCAUUCAUUGUGUAUCAUCUUUGUCUUGAAUAUGCUGAACAGAGGAAGCUGGAUAUUGCUCUAUACUACGCAAAACAGCUAGUGAUACUCGAGGCUGGGUCUAGUGUGAAGUCGUACAUCCUCUUGGCCAGAAUAUUGUCCUCCCAGAAACGGUUUGGGGAUGCAGAGACUGUAAUCAACGCUGCUCUUGAGCAGACAGGGAAGUGGGAACAGGGCGAACUCUUACGAACUAAAGCUAAGCUCCAGAUUGCACAGGGCCAGUUAAAGAGCAGUAUAGAAACAUAUACUCAUCUUCUUGCUAUAAUUCGAGUCCGGACUAAAAGUAGUGGAGUUGGAAAGAUGCUUUCAAAGGAUGUCUCGGUGAGAACAUCUGACAGAAGUCUGGAAAUAGAAACAUGGAAUGAUUUGGCCAAUAUGUACACAAGCUUGUCUCAGUGGCGGGAUGCUGAGAUCUGCCUAUCAAAAUUGCAGGCAAUCAAUCCAUAUUCUGCUUCUAAAUGGUAUUCCACAGGUUUACUGUAUGAGUCUAAGGGUCUCCCACGAGAUGCUUUGCAAGCAUACAACAAAGGAUUAGGCAUCGAUCCUAACCAUGUUCCCAGCAUGAUAUCAACUGCCCGUCUUCUCCAACAACUGGGCGGCAGGCAGUCAUUUCCUGUGGUAAGAAGCUUGCUAACCGAC